AUGACAACUGCUGGAGCUGAAACUUGUUUUGAGAGCGUGUGCGUCGCUGAGGAUGGAGGCACAGUUGAGAUGGUGUUGACGCUGCUCCCAGAAAUCAUCAUGUUGAUGCUGCGGCAGAGGCGACCUAUCGAACACCUGGUGGGUGAAGUGUUGAUGGCAUUGUCCUCUGUGCUUGAGAUAGCUGAUGCUGGUGUGGGCAGUGGCAUGACGGUCAUUGCUAGUUGCACGAUGGUUGAUGUCGCGGUCGUCGAAGAGGAUGUUGGUGCCGUUGGACCACGUGACCGCGCACUUGUCGAUGGCACCGAGCGUCGUGGUGGUGGCGGAUCUGGGCGCUGGAAGCAGAGCAGUCGGUGUCGACCAGGAGGUCGGUGCAGCGGUGGGUUCGGCUGGCGCAUCGAUGGCACCGAGCAUGGUGGUGGUGGUGGUGUAGGCGCUGCAGUCCGUGCCGGGGUGGAUGGUGGCGCCGCAACUACCGGCGCAGCAGUCGGAGUCGAGGACGCCGGUGAAGUGGGCGAAGACGAGGGCGUGGACGACCGUGUCGCAGAUGCGAGGGUCUUGAGGGUGCUACACAUCCCCGCGUUCGCUUCCUCCAUCAUCAGCAACAGGCGAUGCAUCUGCGCCUCGAGCCCGACGAUGGCGGAGACGGACAGUGUAGAUCCGGCCCUACCAAGACACCUAGUAGCAGAUCCACACGAUCUCGACGAGCACGGCGAUUUCCUCGAUCGAUGGCUCCGGUACCAAAUGUCACGAUCCUGGAUAACUAAGGGUUUUGCCGGCGAACACGCACGGCGAAGAGCACGGUGGUGCCGUCUCAAGCAGAGAAGCUAG